AUGACCCAAGUAUACGCCCAAUGUGGCGCGGUCGUGCAAUUUGGUUGGGGUAUCUUGAGUGAUAAGGGCGACUUGGCUGCCAUAGACAUGCAUAUGUUGGAGGCGAAUGUUGGGUUUGGUGCCGUAGAAGACCUCCCAGGCAGAUUUGCUGUUAGGAUUUCGGUGGUUGCGACUAACAUUUUGGAUGAGAGUAGCAUGGUGUAA